AUGUUUCGUUUCUGGCUAUUGGGCUUUUGUCUGUUCGCCGUGUCCGUUGAUCGCGGUAGUAGUGCUGCUGGUAAACGUUUGAUGUGCUACUUUUCCUCUGAUUCACCUAAAACCAAGGAAUACGGACGGUACACGGCCAACGAGGUUCCGGUCGAGCUCUGCAGUGAUGUGGUCUAUCGUGGGCUGGAUUUCCCAAAGUGGGAACGAGGCUAUUAUGUUUUCGAUAACCGAGAGUUACAGCUAUACGGUACGUUCCUGGCCACGAUCAGAGCCCGAUCACGUUCGGUGCGAAACAUUGUCACAUUUCUGGAACGUGCCAAGAGUUCGGUCUCCUACUCGCUAAUGGCAGAAAUUCCGGAACGACGCGGAGCAUUUGUGAGGGCUAUUCUGCAGCUCCUGGAGGUCUAUGCGCUGGACGGGGUAGAAAUUGCCUGGGAGUGGCCGGGCUCGGCUGUCACUUUUGGCGGCAUUUCCAACGAUCGCGAAUCGGUUGUAUCGCUACUGACCGACCUGAAAGCUGGAUUGAGGAAAAGCGGCAAGGAUCUGAUCUUCUUCGGCGCUGUGUACCCGAAAGUGUUGCGCGAAUCGUACCGUGUCACAAGUAUCUGUCAGCUGGCGGACUUUGUGACACUGUUCACGUUCGAUAUGCGCCCGCACACCAACAACGUGGCCGAUGUCCAUGCCCCGAUGCGGAACCGGACGUUCGAAAGAGACGCUAACCGAGCAAAGACUAACGUUGUCACUGGCGUAGAGACGUGGAUUGAGUACGGAUGCCCUCCGAAGAAAUUGAUUCUAGGCAUCGGACUGUUCGGUCAGGCCUUUACUUUGGCUGACCCUCGCCAGUACAAUGUGGGCGCUCCGGCAACCGGUCCGGGAGCCGAAGGACAGUACUACUACGAGGGGUACUAUCCGUACUACGAGCAAUGUUUGCUGCUGCGGAGUGGAUGGAGCAUGUUCUAUGAUCCGAUCGGACAGAUGCCUUUUGCUGUCCGUGGCAACCAGUGGAUGGGCUACGAGAACACAAACUCGAUCGGUGUCAAGAUGGACCUUGUGGCGGAGAAACGUCUCGGUGGCGUUAUACUGCAGUACGUAGACUACGAUGAUUUCUGGGGAUUUUGUGGAUCGCGGAAUCCACUGACCACCUACAUCUACCAGAGGCUGCAGCAAAUCCCAUCCGACAUUGGGUUUGCCAUCGAGUGGAGUUAG